GCUGCUUCCUUUUGUCGCCAACACUUUCUCGCCGCCGCUGAGCAUACACACUCCUUACCUUACCGCCCCUAAGCUCCUUUAGUAGCUCCUGGCACGCACAGCGAUAUCCCCGCCCUAUACUUCGGAGGAUAUUACCACGAGCGCAUCGCAAUAUUGCUACUUCUGCACCUUCAUCCUCCUCAUCCUCUCUCUCACCCUCACGCGACUCACAUCUGGUAGAGCACGCCUAACGCCUCGCGCCUCACCGUUUCGCCCAUCUGAACAUGGCCGCGGCCGACUUGAUCCUCAUCACCGUCGUGUCGCUCCUUGCGAGCCUCUACUUCUUCAGAGGUACCCUCUUUGGUUUCAAGUCGAGCAGCUCGACGUCAAAGCUCAAUGGCCAUGCUCUCGCUGAUGGAGCAGACCUGCUCGCCUCGUCUGACAUUGUGGCAAAGAUGAAGCAGACGAAGCGCAGGAUCGCUCUCGUUGUUGGAUCUCAGACGGGCACCGCUGAAGAGUACGCCAUUCGCAUCGCCAAGGAGAUCAAGGCCAAGUACGGCCUCUCAUCCCUCGUCGCCGACCCCGACGAGUACGAGUUUGACAAGCUCGAUACGCUCCCCGACGACAGCGCCAUCAUCUUUGUCAUGGCCACCUACGGCGAGGGCGAGCCUACCGACAAUGCUCAGUCUCUGAUGACCUUCCUUACCGAGUCUCCCUCCUUCUCCAACGGCGACGAGCUCCCCAUCAAGUACAUGAUCUGGGGGCUGGGCAACCGCUCCUACGAGCACUUCAAUGCCGUCGCAAAGAACCUCGACAAGGCGCUCAGUGGCCUCGGGGCUCAGCGCAUCGGUCUCGUCGGCGAGGGAGAUGAUGACAAGAGCAUGGAAGAGGACUACCUCGCCUGGAAGGACGAUGCUCUCAACGCACUCGCAGCUGACCUCGGCCUUGAAGAAGGCGGUGGUGGCGACGUGCAGGACUUUGCCGUCAAGGAGAUUGCAGACCACCCUGAUGAAGCCAAGAUCUACAAGGGAGAGCUCUCUGCUCGCGCCCUUCUCGGCACAGCGGGCAUUCACGACGCCAAGAACCCCUACAUGUCUCCCGUCAGCACGGCAAAGGAGCUCUUCACGGCGGGUGAGCGCACCUGCGUCCACAUGGAGUUCGACAUCGAAGGCUCAGGCAUUUCCUACCAGCAUGGCGACCACGUAGCCGUGUGGGCGCACAAUCCGGAGCGAGAGGUGGAGCGCAUGCUCGCCAUCCUCGGCCUCACCGAGAAGCGCAACACCGUCGUUGAGGUGACGUCGCUCGACCCUGAUCUCGCCAAGGUGCCCUUCCCGGUCCCCACGACGUACGAGGCCAUCCUCCGCCACUACCUCGACAUUGCGGCUCGCGCUGGUCGUCAGUCCCUUGCCGGUCUCGCCAAGUUCGCGCCUAGCGACGCAGUGCGCCGUGAGCUCGAGCAGAUUGGCGGGGACAAGGCCGCCUUCCAGAACAAGGUGGCCCGCCACUACUACACCGUCGGAGAGGCCCUGCAAGCAGUAGCGGGAGACGACCUCAACAGCACCAACUUGGCCACCACAGCCACCCCUUGGCCCAUCCCCUUUGACCGAAUCGUCUCGGCCAUCCCGCGUCUCGGCCCGCGCUUCUACUCCAUCUCCUCGAGCCCGAAGCUCCACCCCAAGCAGGUGCACAUCACCGCAGUCGUGCUGCGCUACGCUCCCGACCACACCCCGGAUCGCCACGUCCACGGCUUGGCGACGAACUUCAUCAGCUCCAUCAAGAUGGGCAUGAACGGCGAGGUGGCCAGCGGACCCAACGAUCCGCGCUUCACGACGCCCAAGUACGACCUAGCAGGACCUCGAGGAGCUUACACGCGCGAAGGGCGCUAUCGUUGUCCCAUCCACAUCCGUCGCUCCAACUUCCGUCUGCCUACCAGCCCCAAGGUACCAGUCAUCAUGGUCGGACCCGGUACCGGCGUGGCUCCCUUCCGCUCCUUCGUGCAGGAGCGCGUAGCCGGCGCACAGAAGACGGUCGAGAAGCGCUCUGCUGCUGGCGGCAAUGCUGCGGAUGCCCUGGCCGAGUGGGGCAACAUGUGGCUCUUCUACGGCUGUCGCAAGUCCAGCGAGGACUUCCUUUACCAAGACGAGUGGGAGCGCUAUGCCGCUGCGCUGCAGGGCAAGUUCCAGAUGCACACUGCCAUCAGCCGCGAGAAGUUCAAGCCGGACGGCUCAAAGCUGUACGUUCAGGACCUGAUUUGGGAGCAACGUGCGGCGCUGGCCAAGGAGAUUCUGGAGCGAAAGGCUACCGUGUACAUCUGUGGAGAUGCAGCUGGGAUGGCACAUGACGUCGAGAAGACGCUACUGCGCGUGCUUGCUGAGGCCAAGGGCGGGGACGAGAAGGCGGCACAGAGGGAGAUUAAGCUGAUGAAGGAUAGGAGCAAGUGGCUCUUGGACGUUUGGUCGUAGGCGCCGCUACUCCGGAAUCCAGUGCCCACGGCGUAUCCGACCACCACCUCAGCAUCCAUCCACGACGCCACACAUCGUCGUUGCUCCCUCUUGACUCUGAUCGAGGAUCUCACCACGCCCCACCUUUCACACACUUUGUACUCAACCAUUCGAUUCGAUGCUCUUAAUAUUCCCAACCACUCAUCCAUCCCUCUGAUCGAUGUGGACUCAAUAGAUGACUCUCUUCAACUGCUAGCCGCAAUACGAGUGUGGG